AGAACCACGUUGCUAACAUGCCAGGGGCGGGCACAGGCAAAGUACACACUCAGAGGCCAUCUAGAGCAAAGGGGUGGGACAAGCAGACUGCCAGUGUAGGUGACUCACCCGGCUGAGAGGUGGAGACUUGGGCUGGCUUUCCCUUGAGGCACAGACAUGCUGUGGAUUUGGGCUGCCCUCCCUCUGGUGUUUUCGGGAUCACAGUUAAGUGUUGGUACCCAAGAGGCUGAAAGCAUCACCGAGAAGACCAAGUUGGGAAGGAAUGUUCGGGAGACUGAGACUAGCUGCCCAAAAGGAUUAUAUCUUGGGGGUAAAUUUUGCUGUCAACCAUGCCAGCCUGGUGAACGAAAACAUUUGGACUGUACAGUCAGUGGUGGUAAACCAAGCUGCCUUCCCUGCACGGAAGGGAAGGAAUACAUGGACAAGGAACACUAUUCUGAUAAAUGCAGAAGAUGUGCACUGUGUGAUGAAGGGCACGGUUUAGAAGUGGAAACAAACUGCACCUUGACCCAGAAUACCAAGUGCAGGUGCAAACACAACUUCUAUUGCAACGCUUCUGUCUGCGAACACUGUGAUCCUUGCACUGUGUGUGAACAUGGAACCCUUGAGGAGUGCACACGAACCAGCAAUACCAAAUGCAAGCAAGAAAGUUCCAGACACCAUUUCCUAUGGUUGUUCAUCAUCCCUGUUUGGGUAAUAGUAUUUGUGUUUAUCUUUGGUCUUUCAGUGCUUAUAUAUAAAAAGUAUUGGAAAAGACGUCCCAAUGACCCUGAAUCUGGGAUCUCAAAUUCUGAAAACAUGCCAAUGAUUUCCUCAGAUGUUGACUUGAGUAAAUACAUCCUGGCUAUUGCUGAACUCAUGGAAUUAGACAAAGUUAAAAAAUUUGUUCGGAAGAAUGGGAUCUCUGAAACAAAGAUAGAUGAGAUCAAGAAUGACUAUUUCCAAAACACAGCUGAGCAGAAAAUCCAGAUGCUUCAGUGGUGGUAUCAAUCUCAUGGGAAGAAGGACGCAUAUCACACUUUAAUUAAAAGCCUCAAAAAAAUCAACUGUUGCGCUCUUGCAGAAAGAAUUCAGGACAUAGUCAUGAAAGACAUUAAAAACUCAACUUCAGACAACAGAAAUGAAAAUGAAAGUGAAAACUACCUCAGUUCAAGCUAGACAGAGAGAGAGAGAGAGAGAGAGAGAGAGAGAGAGAGAGAGAAUCUUUUAAACCAAUACUGUGGCUGAGGUCUGAGUCAGCAGCAUUGCCGUGAGUUCAAAGCCAGACAGUACAACAUAGUGAGCUCUGGAAUAGCCUGGGUCAUAGUGUAAGACCUUGUCUCAGAAAUAACAAUAACAACAAAAAAAUACAAGGCAAGGAAGAACAUUUUAAAUAAUGGAGGUCUAUAAAUGUUAUUUGGCUUUUUAUUGAGUAUAUUUUCUGUUUCCUUAGAUUUACAGAGACAAUAUAUUUAUAAAAUCGGAAGAUUUCAUGAUUCUAUUUUGAGUAAUGUUAAUAUGUGUGUGGAGGACGGACAGGCGCAAAAGUAACUGCAGUAGUGAUUUACGUACCCAGAUAGAAGUUUACAGAGACGCGUAUAAACUUCAUAUCAUGCUCUAGCCAAGAGUAUAGUUAGUGUGUGCUAGCCCACACCAUUCCAUGGUCACAGAAGGCAUGACUUUGGCUAUAAAGUCUUGCACAUUCUGUAAAGCCUGUUUUCCCUAACCCCAACUCUAAGAUAAUCCUAGAGAUGCAAAAUGGCAACAUAGAUAGAAAAAGACUUGGCUAGCACUCCUCAGAACAUAUGCAAAGUUUGCACAUGUAUUUAAAUGGAGAAUUAAAUAAGGUUCUGUCUCAAAUAUACUUUUUUUUUUUUUGCACAGACCAUUGGUGUUUUGUGUUGUAGUAUUUCAGAUUUAAAUUUGUGUGGAUAAUGUAGAAUAAAUGCGAAUGCUUGAAUAUACUCUAUUUAUAUAUACCAUUUUAUUCUUGCAAAAUAAUUGGCUUGUUUCUCAGGUGUCAAAAGUGUUUUUGAAUAGGAGUGAAUCACUCCAGCCACACUGCCUCUCUGUUUUUUCCUUGUUGUUCAAUCUGAUACAGCCUUACACACUCCUAAACUUGGAAACAUUCCUAAACCAGGACUGCCUUGGUAAUUCUAACCUGUUUCGGAAGGAGGACUACAUUGCUUUUCUAGAGGGUAGCUGUAGGGCAUGUUAUGGACUCACGCCUACCAUCAAUAGUGGGGACAAAAUGAAAGCCCACUUGGUUGCCUUUAGCAACUCUUGGUAUGUUCUCUUUCCCUGCAAAUGACAGCUGAUUCCCAGCAAAGGUAAAAUGGCCAGAAGAUUCCAGGAAUUGCUUCUGUUCUUCUCUUCUGGUUCUGAAACCGUUUCUUCCAUCUACUGCCAUGUUGUAUUAAAUGUGAAUUGGAAUCUGCAGUGUUUGUGUUUAUAUUCAUAUACUGUGAAAAGGGAAACAAAUACUAGCAGUUACCUCAAGAUCUUCCACUGAUGGGGGAUUCUUUCCCUCUAUGUAUGGAAAUGUAUAAUAGAGGAAAUGAUUUUUUAAAUUAAAGUACAAUUUUGGCAUUUCUA